GUCAUUGCUCAUUGGUGGCUUUUGGGUCACGAGAUGUCAAUGACCCAUGAUACGGGUCAAGCACAGGAUUUUUGCAACACCCCAAGAAUUUGUCACAACAAACGUCGAUUUUGAGAGGCGUUCGAGGAUGCCUUUGUUGAAGUGCCCGCGGACGCUGCAGACGUCGUGCCUUGACGCGGUGUGCAGACUGCCCCAGGAGGAGUGGGACAGGCCACACAUCGCCACAUGGCUACCUAAAAUCAUCAGUGGCAUAAACCAGCCACACAACCUCAGUGCAAACCUGUACCAGGCAUUGCUCAAUCACCUGAUCCAGUCAGAGCAGCUGCAGUCCUGGCACCUGCACUAUGUGGCCCAUGAGAGUGUAAGGUGUCUGCGGCUGGAUAAAUGUCGUAACGUCCUUGACAAUGAUUCUGCCUUGCUCAUCUCUCUCCACUGCCGAAACCUGCAAGAUAUCUACAUCAACUCAUGCAAACAGCUGCCGUUGUUGGGUGUCAGCUUCUUGUGUCAUCAUCCCAGCUUGACCAUUCUGGACAUUACUGGUACCAAAGCAAACGACGAGACCAUGGCAAUACUGGCAAAUGGAUGCCCAGAACUCCAAAAGCUGGACAUGUCAAGCACAGAAGUCACAGACAUCGGCUUAUUUGAGCUGUGUGGUCUGAGGGAGUCGGGGACGGGGUGCAAGAAGCUCUAUCGACUCAUAAUACACAGCAUUCAAGUCACCCUCUUUGGUCUGUCCUACGUGAUAAAGGCUUUGAAACAGCUAAAGCAGUUGGGCACAGAUCUGAACACCGGUCUAGUCCUGUAUGGCAUUUACCACGACUACCUUAUGUACAACCUUCCCUUGAAUCCUCUCAAGCUGGACUAUGUCAGCUUUUCUUCACGUCACAUGCUUGACUCCUUGCCAGUGCCUGCUUCAUACAUCAAGGCCCUGAGGAUAUGCCCCAAUCUGACAGGUCUGGUGCUACGUUCAGCCAUGCUAGCAAACAUUGACGAAGAGAUUUUGCAAAGUCUUACCCUGCUGAAAACUCUGGAGGUUGAGGAGGAUGAGUACCGAGAGCACACGUUUCAGACAGUAGUCGUUCCCUUCCUGAGUAGAAUUGGUGCCAAGAUGGAAGAUCUCACAUUCACCGGUUUCUCCGAUGUGGACCUGUUAGCAGUCUCAAUCCACUGUCCUAAGGUGGAUAUUUUAACACUAGAGAAUACACAGGGUUUUGCCGAGCAGCCAGCCCAGCAAGUGAAUGAUUCUGCUUUUCAAAAUCUUAAAUCAUUCUUUGUUGAGAUUGCUUAUGAGGAGCUACAAGAGCCGAUCCGGUACCAGCUCGGCCACGUGCUGAAAAACGCACCGAACGUAUCGAUCCUGCACCUGUGGGGCGUGGACUGCAUCACAGAUGACUUCAUGACUGACGUGAUGAAGCACAACAAGUUCGAGUUUCUCAGGAGCUUGCGGCUGAUCGACUGUCCCAGCGUCACACGGAAAACCGUUGAGGCCUUGAUGAAUGCAGAGAACCGCUUCGCCGAGUUGAUCGUGGAUUCCUGCGACAAACUGAAGAAGACAGACCUGGAAGAGUUAAAGAAGCUGGCAAAGAGUAAAAAUCUUUCCCUGACUGUAAUACAAGGCUGGGGUAAACCAGAGGAAGCUAACAAUGAAGAAGCACAGUGGUUAGCAAUGUAGGUUGGCUCGACGUGUUUGACUUGAUCUCCAGAUUAGAAUUUUCCAGCUUUCUCAAGAAAAUGCACUUUAGUGCACUCAAAAUUAAUAUUAUUGGAGCGCUAGCUGUGCACCUGAUUUUUUACUGUGUGCACCAGCAUAUUUGUGUACAUGUAGGGUUAUUUUUAUGUUUAUUAUGAUUUUACACUAGUAUAAAGCAUGAUAUUUAAGGUCAGAAAAAAGAAUAAAACCUUUGUAUUAGAUCUACUUGUUUGUAAGUUAAAGUUAUUUCAAAGUUAGGUACUAGAUGUAGUAGUAGAUAACUUCAGAUUUAAGUUCUGACUCAGGAUUGUUAUGUUGUACAUGUACAUCCAUUUUUUUCCAUUCAUACUUUUCCCUUGAUAUCACAUCACAGAAAUAAACAUUCCAAUAACAAC